GUGUGAUGAGAGGAUGAAGAAACGAAGACGCGUAAAUAACUUCAUUUUCGAGUAUGAGUGAUCAGAGACUGACGAGCAUCGGUUAGCAAGAAUCCAAAGCUUUGUCGGUCGCCAGGCAUCGUUGUGUCCGUCAGAAAAUCCAGUGCUAUGCAGGACAAAAAACGCCCCCUCAUUUUCCUCCGCCCACUGACUCCUCUUUGCCCACGACGAGACGCUUUGAUAUCUACACCUUUCUGCUCCAAUUUGUUUUCAUACAGUUCAACUGUUGCAAAAACGACAUGAAGAACAUCAUCGUUUUCCCAACAAAAAAAUCAACUUGUACUUGAUAAACACACCACUGAAUUGGCAAGUAGGUCGCCAGCAUGAAGUAGUAGAGUAGAGCAGAAAGAUGCCGGCAAAAAAUUAUUACGACACUCUUCAGGUCGGUCGCACAGCGACCGACUUCGAGCUGAAGAACUCAUACAGAAGGUACUCAAUUACAACUUUUUUUUUAUUAAUACUCGCAUCGUACUCGUAGUAGCAGUUGUACUAGGGAUUCAUACUGAUGUAACUGUUACAAAGUAAAAGAACGAAUUCACACGUGGUUAUCGUUAUUUGGUUUGAUACCGAAUGACGAUGACUUGUUAGCUUUAGCAAGUCUCAUAAUACAACAAGUUCCAACCCAUUUCAGGUUAGCCUUGAAGUACCAUCCGGAUAAGGAUCCAGCAAAUUCAGAUCAUUUCCGAUCAAUCGCGGAGGCCUUUGUCGUUCUCAGCGACCCAGUAAAGCGGGCGAAAUUUGAUCAGUACCUGCUUUAAAUCUAUUGCUUAUGCCAAAGAUAUCGAGCAUAGAUAGUCGUGUGGUAUUCGAAAUCAAGAUCGUUUUUAUAAUUGUUCGUGCUCUCUAAGUCUGUCUGUCCGUCUAUCCGAUCCUAUACCCUUCCCCUAACCAAGGUACGGCGAAUCCGGUCUCAAGGAUGGUGUUUUGGAACAAUCAGAGUACAGGGGAUGGCAAUAUGUUGGGGAUCCUUUGCACCUCUUCUACGACUUCUUCGGAGAAACCAGUCCACACGCGAUCAUGCUGAAUGAGCACAAGGGCAAAUUCAACUUAGGUACGAAUAGGACUACAGAUUUGAAAUGUAUAUGUCUUGGUAAAUGAUGUGAAUAUGAUCAAGCAAUAAAGAAAGAGAAAGUAUAGUAAGUAGUCGAUGAAGUCCACCUCCACGACGACAGUUUUUUCUGCACCCGUGCUGUUUGUAGAGAUAAAAGUCAAGUACAUCCAACAAACAGUUCCCCGAGCCAUCAAGGCACCGGAGGCAGGCGCGGAGCAUGACAUAGAAUUGCGGUGUACACUAGAGGAGCUGUAUCGUGGAGCAACGAAGUGCUACAAAAUCGACAGACAGCGAUUUGAUAGGGAUCAUAGAUCAUAUGUCGACACCAAGGCGUUGACAAUCAAAAUCGACGCUGGGUGGAAGCCAGGAACUAGACUGAGGUUUUCAGGUACUACUUCUCCAUAGGUUCCGAAAUAAGAAGCUUCUGAAUCUGAUUCUCGUUCUCUCACAAAAAAUUUCUCCUACUUCCCGUAGUCCUACUUCUCCAUCGGUUCCGAAAUAAGAAGCUUCUGAAUCUGAUUCUCGUUCUCUCACAGUACCAAGAUCAGGUCCAGCUUCAACUCCUUCACCCACCAAACAGGUGAGGGUGAUCAGAUUCACCCAACAGAGAGCAAAGCAGCCGAUGUGAUGUUCACUGUCGUUGAAGCAAGCCAUCCUGUUUUCGAAAGAAUAGCGGACACAUACGAUCUGCUCUAUAUCCACAAGUACAUGAAGAUUUGGAUUUGCUCUUACUAUAUUCAACGCAAGUAUAGACUAUAGUUGUGAUCAAAUCUUUGAAGAUAUAGAUCAUGUAAUCAAAUGGUGAAGAAUAGUUAGGUUGUCAAGAAGUAAAUGGUCAACUGUCAAGAAUUACGAACUACGAUAACACAACAGAUUAAUAUUUUUAUCUAUUCCCUCAGGUGCACGCUCCUAGAGGCAUUAACAGGACAUGUUAUCAGCCUCGAAUUAUUGGACGAUUCAGUCCUGAACUUGCAUGUCCCGGAAUCAGUGAGCCCAGGAUAUGAAAAGCGAGUGUUGGAGCAUGGUAAUUCUAUUAACUCGUGUCAUGUAGAAAAAAAUCAGCGAUUUCGUUGAUGCAGUUGUUCUCCUCUACCAAUGAUUUUCCAACAAGCAUGCUCCGUCUUCUUUUCUAUAAUUCAUUGGCAUCCAAAGGAUCCAUACCCCACCGCCUUAGGUCUGCAAAAAGCGAACGGAAAAUUCGGAGACCUUGUGGUCCGAUGGGACAUUCAAUUCCCGCAGUUGUCGAGUGAGCAGAAGGCCUCGCUGAAGACAAUUUUGAAGAAGUAGGAGUUGAACUUAUAGAAAGUGAAACUUCGACUUGUUCAAACAAGAUAAUCUUCUCAGAUUACUAGUUCGACUCGUUCAAAUAAGAUCAUCUUCUCAAAUUUGUACUCGAUCAUGCUAUUCGAUAUGAUCGAUUGAAACGGAAACGAUUGAAACUAUAACACUGUGGACAGUAGACUUGUUUGAUUUACUAGGAUAUCAUUUAGAUAGGUUUGUUGUUUCUAGAAAAAUUAGAUACAUCCGCGCUUUCGCAGUCGGUGCAGCAGUAGAGAAGCACAGGCGGGAUCAGCAUUAGCAGCGGCAGCACUGGAAGCUUAGCAGCUCAUCUAAGAAAAUAACGACUGCUCUCUGAAACUGACGCAGACGAAGUAGAUGAGGAAUAAGUACAAGGAAUUAGCGCUAGGUAGAACGGAAUAUGUUUGAUUGUAAAUACCUCUCUUGAAUAUCAUGUACUUCGGAUGCGACGCAGCUCUUAUGAUGGUAUCUUCAAAACAACUGGAACUGUAUUGCCGAACAGACAGCGCAUAAUUGCUGCUUGAAAAAAUUAACUACGACGCAGAUCAAAAUCAUGUGAUCAUAGUGGUGUAUGAGGUCUAUGUUGAUGAUGUGUAUCUGUAUCUGUCGG